AUGUCCAAGCCUAAGUGUAGCAGUAACAAGAACAAUAGUAACGAACCUUGUAAGGCGUAUGCUCUCAAUAAUUAUGGAUAUUCAACUUGCCGCCAGCAUUUGAAUGAUGAAAACAAAAAAGAGUACAUUCUGAAGAAGAAAGCUGAGAAAGAACUAGAAGACAAGGAAAGAGAAAGAAAAGGAUUGAAGAAGAAAGAACCUAAGCCCAAGAAAAAGGAACUUUUGAUUAUUAUCGAAGAGCAGAAGCAACAGCUUGAAAAACAGAGCACACGAAUUGACGCGUUGAUGGAAAUAAUUAAAAAUAUCAAGGUCUCAUAAUUUUAAAACUAACUUAAUAGUAACCAUAGCCGUCAUUAGAUCAACUGCAAUAGGGUCUACUAAUUGCACUGGGUAUCUUUAUUAUUUAUAUUUCAUUCAAGUUAUGCAUAUUUACUAUCUGAUAUAAAU